ACGGUCGAUGUAAGCCCGGCGGAGGAGGAAAAUCCCCCUCCACCUCCUCCACUAGAGAAUGCAUUCAAUCGCCUCUCUCCUCACACGUUCUAUUCUAAGUAUCAGCCGCUGGUCGCAGUCUCCCAGCCUUGUUGCUUUUUUGUUUGUCGAACGCGAAGCCAGCAAGCUAUUCCGCUAGCAAUUAUGUGGGCCACUCGACCGCGCUCAGGCUUUGGAUAUAAACACUUGGAGCACACCAGGACGAGCCAAACACGACACGUCUUCGCCAUUUCUCCACAUUGUUACGUUCAAGAGUCGAGAUACAUUGAGGGUUCCACUCAACUCGCCAUUGAAGGUCAAAACGGCAGCUAGCAUCGCCGCUAAUGGAAUAAUACGUAAUGGAUGCUAGCUAGCUGGCAAAGCUAGCGGAGACAAUGAAAAGUGAGCUGUUUGCAUCAUUAUCGACCGGAAGGGGCGACCGCGUUGGUGUUUUUUGAUAAAUACUCGCAUUUCAAACGAACGGGGUGCUUUUUAUACAAUCGUUUUGUUAACAUACGGGAUCGUGGAGGCAUUACGAAGUAUAUGGCAGGGGCGUCCCCUCCCCCAUGCUUGCAGCGUUCUUUCAAUCUACAUGAAAUUACAGUUUGUGUGUGCCCUUUAAGACUGUACACGGCAAAAUUUCGCCGUUUUAAGGGACUGUAAUAUGUAAAUAUAUUUUGUCACACAUGAUAUUGCAAAAAAAGAAAAAAGUUCCAACAGCGUUAGAUCACUGCGCAAUGUAGCCAAGCAUUCAAGCUAUUCCAGCAGCUGCUCCUUACUUUGCAACUUGGGAUCCACAUAGUUUGUUUACAUGGACGUACGAAUAGCUUAUUGUUCUGUGGCAUUUCAGCGUGAACGGAAAUCAGUCGCUGCGAACAGGAUAAGACUCUCACGUCGACUAAUUUCAAGUUUGCAACGCAUUAUCCGCUUCUUAUUGUGCGAUAAUGCAGACACACUGUUGACGAAAACCAUUUUUUCUUGCACGCUUGAGCGUUUGUUGGAUUAGAAAUAGCUCCGUACUAAUAGCGCGUAAUGUUAUGAUGGAAGAGUUAGGACUAAAACAGAGGAAACUGCGCGCAAUGUGGCCCGCAGCGAUUACUGUGUCAAACGACGACUGCUGUCACAUUUCAGAAGCCCUUAAAUGAUAUCGACAGCCAAGUCGAUUUCAGUGUUGAUUGCAUUUUGACAUUAUCCGCAAUUAUAACAACGCCUUUCCAUUAUAGGCGUUCCGUCUCAAUGUGAAGUUCAAUUAGUGUUGUGGCUUUUUUUGCAAAGCCCUUGUGCGAUCCCUGCGGCAUGUACAUUAAACAACACUAUAGCUCUGUAUGACGUUUAAUGUUUUGCCACUCUUAACUUUGCCAUUACGUUUGUGUCAAGCUAAUUCAAGCUAUUAGCAUGUGCUAGCUAGCUAGCAAGCGCUCUUUUGCCUUGCCAACUUGACACUUUAGAAGCUUACGUCACCUACAUAUCCCCCCCCAAAAAAAAUGUCUCCUUAAUGCGAAUUAAACUGAGGAGACGACCACGGAAAGACCCGGAUAACAACGAGUGUUGUGUUGUACUAGCCUGUAAGCUAACACUCAGCUGAUACAACUAGCCAGCAUCAGCAUGAAGUGCCAGCUAAAGUAAAGCCAACAAUAGCCUUCCAGCUCAGGUUUAUGCUAGCCCUCACAAGAACAAACACAGUGCACUUUACCUACCGUUUUAUGUCCACGUCGAGGGGUAGCGAAUACGGGUCUAGGGCAAGACCCUCGCCGCUCUCCACACAGCCUCCACAACCAAAACAAUACUUGUGUCCACACACUGCGGAUCACUAGCAAAGCUCUACUAAAAGGUUUGGAUUUGCCUGGUCCUCGGAGAUAGUCCUUUUCCACCUGUCAAAACCCCCGCCUCUCUUGUGCUGCACGGAGUCGGUUCAGGGAUCUAGAGGGGAACCGUUUAAAACAAAAACCUAUACGCUGAUGAAGAGCGACUUUUAGAAAUUAGAUCCCCUCAAAAGCAGUCUCUUUUCCCUGUGCAAAAAUGGCGGCCCUGCCAGGACUGCCGAGACUCCGCCUCCCCCGAUUGCCCCCCUCCCCUCCCUUCCCAUCAGUUACACCGGGGCUCCGCCUCCACAAGCUGCGGGGCUCCACGGUCCAUUUCACAGGGGCGCCGUAGCCGAUGCGCGGUCACGAAUGUUUCCUGUCCUGGGCAGCCAUUACUGUUUUGUUUUGUCUAUUGACAUUAAUUAAAACAGUUCUGGCCCACUUGCACUUUGGUAUUGUUAUAGAGUUUCUACAUUUUGUAAAAAGGCUUAAAAACGUUUAUAUAUAUUUAAAAACAAACUGUGUUAUUAGGUUUUAGUAUCAACAUUUCAGCCUUUUCCAUUUACAUCGUGCCUUUUUGCUCUUCCCACAUUUUCGUGUUUUUUGUUUUUUUUUGUUAAAAAAAAUAUCAGUGAAAAACGUUCGGCCAUGCCUGGUUUACUGCAAUACAGGAGCUGUUUUAAAAAAACUGCUGCAAAAAUUAACUCUCAGGCCUGUCCGCUAUCACUCUCAGGCUGGCUUUGACCUGUGGGCUGCCCCCUGAGCAUCCCUUUAUAUUGUAUACCAAGUAUCCAAAGAAGCAUGUUUUAAUCGGGAUCAUGGGACCUGUAUGAAGAGCAGUACUGUGAAACAAAAUCCUUAACCCAUUGCAGGGGGACAACUAAGCUCUUACGUAACACCUAACACAUAUUGUUUAUAUAAGAUGGAUCUUUUAUGCAUAAAGCAUGUAAUUAAAAAUAUUAUUGGAUAUAUGUGUAAAUUACAGACAGGUCUGUAAUCUGGAGUCACCAUAAUGUUAAUAGGCGACAUUGCUAUGACAAUGUUGGCUUUGUUUAUGAUCUAAACUGGCUAUAAUAUGGGUAAAUCAUCUUAGAUGUGUGGUAUAUCGUGUGUGUAUGAUUUUACAACACACCUUUCUUUCUGUGCAGGAUGUGUAGAAUUCCCUUUGACAUCAUCUGUUAGGAGAGGAUGUCCUCAUCUUGUCCAUGCAGUCUUGCCCCCGCCCCCCCAACACUGGGCGCAGCUCCUAGCGCAUGCGCACUGACGCCCCACCGCCGCAUAGGUUUGCUGUUGAGUGUGCACCAGCAAGCGAGUAGUUCUCUUGCACAAAGUUGGCCGAGGAGCACCUUAAAAUUCGGCUAUUGCUUUCCACUCAGCGCCACUUGCACGGAGUACCCAUCGAGACAUCUUUAUUUGACCAGAGAGGACGACACUUGUGAAUGAACCGCGUGUUUUUGUUUGUUUUUGGUGUGAAGACGACACGAUCCGCCUUUGUGUUAACGUCUAUGGCGUACUAAUGACAGUCAUUCAACAUAAAUCAAAGUGAAAACACAUUUUUUUUAAAAAAAUUGUGAAGAUGCUUCUGAUUACAUCACCCGGCUAGUAUUCAGUGGGCGGGCUCUGAGCUGUGAGGGGAGAGGGGCACAGGCGGAGAGCAGCCAUUAGCCACUAAUGUCGCAGCGACAGACAUUCACCAUUUCUUUCAUUGUAAAGUUGUUGUGGGUGGUGAGUCGACACCAGUAUUCUGUCAUAGUGGGUUAGUUGAACAUGCCUGUCUUUAAAGGAUAUUUCCCCUUUAAUUUCAAUGCGAUUCCCACCGUCCGCGAUACAAGCAAGAUGGCGCCCAUGUCUUGUUUGAGUGCUGGGCGGGGGCGCGAGCGUGCGCGCUCUCGACUGUUACUUCCAGUGUUUUUCUUGUAGGAGCCACCAAAAUGUGUUAUACACAUCAGUUUUUGAUGCAUUUUACAGGAUAAAUGCGAACUUUUCACUUCAAAUUAUUGCCUUUUACACUAGAUUGAGUGCACCUUGAAAUCAGACAUUGUGCUGCAUACACUUUAUACCGAAGCACGUCACCCAGCAUUGAUUAUUCAUUAUUCAAGAGCAAAUAUACUGCACUGUAUAUACCAAAAAAUACGCACUGGACAUUCAGAUGAAAAUCCCCAACGAGCAUUAUUUGCCCCAUGACCCCAUCUAGUGGAUGCUACUAAAACAACCACAUUGACAUUUUAAUUUCAAGAUAAUUGAUCACAUAUAAAGAACCUCCUUGUUGGUUACUGUAGCCAAGAAAACAAGCACAUAACAUUAAGUAAAAAUAAUAAUGAAAAAGUGAGAACAUAUAUGUAAUGCCAAAGAGUUAGAUUUGCUAGGACAAUGUGUAAGUCUCAGAAUAAAAGAAGAAAGUACAACUGAAUAUAUGAGUAACAAAGAACGAUUGUAUAAUAUUCAGUUAGUGCCAGAGUAGUGUCAUUUGCCAAGUACUGCUGGAGGACGCUGUGUCGAAACAAUUAUAUUGCCAUUCAGCCAAUCAGCGCACGGGUACAGCUCGGUCACCACCCGUGUCCAAUCAGAGACGUCUAUGUUGAAGUACCCGGUUGUUGACUCGGGAGAAGGUGACUCCUCUGCUAGCUCAGUUGCAUCGUACAAUAUUUAACGUAAAUGUUCUAAAAACGUUAUUUUUGGAUAGGUGAACGACCAUGUCUUCUUUUGGAAGGGUGUUGGGGGUCCUUCGGGGGAGCACACAACUCCUUAGAGGCGGCCCACAAAAAAUAAUGACCAGAAAGGCAAGCGGCGGGCCACACAUCGAGCCACAAUACAGGCAAUAUCCUCAGGUCACCAAGAAACAGAUGCUUGAGUCAGAGCUCAUCAGUGGUGCUAUGUGGUUCUGGAUCCUGUGGCACAUGUGGCACGACCCAGAUGCUGUACUGGGUCACUUUCCAUGGCCUGAUGCUUCUGCUUGGACAGAUGAGGAGCUAGGAAUCCCAGCAGACGACGAGGAAUAAGGUCAUCAGGAGUGAAGCUGUGUAAAUCAAGUAUUCUUAAGUCAUGGUUGUACAUAGGCAAAUAAAAUAUCUUCUAAGUAAA